UUAACCACUUGAACCUAUAAAUACCAUUUUAAACUCCAGGUUCAUCUCACUUCAAUGAUUUUAAGCUCUACAUUCAUCUUUGGCCUCCCACAUUACUUUAACCCAAAUUGCUGACAUCCUAGACUAUAAAAAACCCUUUCCUUUCCUAAUUGCGACUGUACAAUUGAAUAGUAAUUAGCAUUUCUUCUAAAACGUCCAGAAAACUCACUUAUAGCUCGCUGGCCAGGGUGUCUUUUUCGGCAAAUAACCCUAUAUCUGAAAUACUACGUUGUCUGAAUGCUGCAGCAUUAAAACUUUCUGCUGAAACACAAUUACUGAAAGCCCUGUCUUCAACCGUGACACAGACUUUGAAAACCCUAUAAUUAUUCUUGAAAUCUUAUUCUUGUGACACGGAAACUCUUAAGAUUAGUGGUCAACAUCUUUCUCUGCAAUAUAUGAGAGAAUAAAGUAACGCUUUUUCUCUCUACAUCCAUCGUUUCGCUUACCCAACUUCUAAUUUGUGUUUUCCUGAUCUCCUCGUGUCUUUUUUUUUCCUCCGCACUCGUCAACAAUGGGAGACAGUCAGUAUUCAUUUUCCCUCACCACUUUCAGCCCAUCCGGAAAGCUUGUACAGAUCGAGCAUGCUCUAAUGGCCGUUGGCUCUGGUCAAACAUCGCUGGGAAUUAAAGCUGCAAAUGGAGUUGUUAUUGCAACAGAGAAGAAAUUGCCUUCAAUACUUGUUGAUGAGUCCUCGGUUCAAAAGAUACAACUUCUCACAUCAAACAUUGGAGUAACAUACAGUGGAAUGGGCCCCGACUCUCGAGUACUAGUGCGGAAAAGCAGGAAACAAGCACAACAGUACCAUAAAUUAUACAAAGAGCCAAUCCCAGUGACACAGCUUGUGAGAGAGACGGCAACUGUAAUGCAAGAGUUUACACAGUCAGGUGGAGUAAGACCUUUUGGAGUUUCUCUUUUAGUUGCUGGUUAUGAUGACAAUGGUCCCCAGUUGUAUCAGGUGGAUCCUUCAGGUUCUUACUUUUCAUGGAAGGCUUCAGCAAUGGGAAAAAAUGUGACGAAUGCAAAAAAUUUUCUUGAAAAGAGAUAUACGGAAGACAUGGAACUUGAUGAUGCAGUGCACACUGCCAUAUUAACACUGAAAGAAGGUUUUGAAGGGCAAAUUUCAGGAAAAAACAUUGAGAUAGGAGUCGUUGGCACUGAUAGAAAAUUCAGAGUAUUGACUCCUGCUGAAAUUGAUGACUUUUUGGCUGAGGUUGAGUAAUUCAAUUUACCAGCAUACAAAUUUAAUAUGCAAGACAUUGUAUAUCCGAUGGAUAUGCCUGUUUUGUAUCAAUGAGGAUACAAGUUAAGCUGAUAAUUGUAUUGAAUUUUUUACAACAGGGGUGCAAAAAAUGAAAUUCUCGGGGGUUUAUUUUACAAAGUUAAUGAUUUCUCAGUGUGCACCAAAUUCUUGAUGUUGGCAGCAUGCUAAGUUUUUAUUUUAAGAAUUAGCUGUGAGAUCUUUGCUUCACGACCGCUGUUUACAGUGGAUAUUGAUCUGAUUCAUUUUAUUUGAAGUCCUGGACUAUUAAGCAGGACUUCAAAGGUGUUUGACAGGUCAUAGAGAUCGGAGUCCAUGCUUUUUUCUUCUAAGAUGUUAGUUUGCAUCAUUUAGCAUUUUAGAUGGGUCAUAAUAUAGACCCCUUAAUAAUGGGAAUAUUAAGAUUUGUUAUGGAUUA